AGAGCAUGCACACUGUCUUAUCCAUAAAUUCUCUAUAUCAAUAUUUCUCCACCACCACCACCAUUAACCGGCUGCAUGGCUAAUAAGGAACUCGGUGAAGAAGUAGCACAUCAACAUGGGAAGGACUAUGUGGACCCACCUCCAGCUCCAUUGUUGGACAUUGAAGAGCUAACGAAAUGGUCAUUUUACAGAGCUGUAAUUGCAGAGCUUGUGGCCACACUUAUCUUCCUUUUUGUCACUGUAGCCACUGUUAUAGCCAACAAAGCCUCAACUAUGUCUAGUGGAUGUGGCGGCGUUGGUCUUCUUGGCGUUGCUUGGUCUUUUGGUAGCACGAUUUUCAUUCUUGUCUAUUGCACCGCUGGGAUUUCUGGAGGUCAUAUUAAUCCUGCGGUGACGUUCGGGCUGUUGCUGGCAAGGAAGGUGUCGUUGAAUCGCGCGGUGGCGUAUAUAGUGGCACAAUGCGUAGGAGCUAUUAUUGGUGUAGCACUAGUGAAAGGACUAGUAAAGGAUCUUUACAAGUCCCUUGGCGGUGGUGCAAAUUCUGUUACGGCUGGUUUUUCAAUCGGCACCGGUUUAGGAGUUGAGAUUCUUGGCACAUUUUUCCUUGAAUACACCGUCUUGUCCGCCACUGACCCUAAACGGAAAGCCCGUGACUCCCAUGUUCCGGUUUUGGCUCCGUUGCCUAUUGGAUUUACUGUGUUCGUAGUGCAUAUGGCCACCCUCCCCAUAACUGGCACUGGGAUCAAUCCUGCUAGAAGUUUUGGAGCUGCUGUCAUUUAUAACAAGAAGAUGGUUUGGGAUGAUCAUUGGAUUUUCUGGGUCGGACCACUUGUUGGAGCAGCAGCAGCAGCAGCAUAUCAUCAGAUUGUAUUGAGAGCAGGAGCUGUUAAAGCUUUGGGAUCAUUCCGCGGCAACCCUGUUAUGUAAACUCAUUUUCAAUCUUAGUUAUUGUAUUAAAUUAUUAAUGCUUCUUUGAAUUGAGACUUUAGAACAAUUUGGUAUUCAUUAUCUGCUUGUACUCUUCAGAUCACCCCUAGUGGUGUUCGUUAGUGUGAAAACAAUAUUUCUAAACUAUUCUUUCUUUCUUUCUUUUCUCUUA